AUGGCCGUCGAGUUUGAUGGAGGUGUCGUCAUUGGAGCCGAUACCAGAACCACAACGGGGAGUUAUGUGUACAACAGAAUAACUGAUAAACUAACAAAGGUCUCAGAAACGAUAUAUUGUUGCAAAUCUGGUUCCUCUGCUGACACCCAAGCCAUCUCUGAUGUUGUCAGCUACCACUUAUCUGUUCACAAAUUAGAGUUUGGUGGGGAGCCAUUAGUGAAGACAGCAGCAAAGAUAUUUCAGGAUUUGUGCUACAACUACAGGGACCAGAUGUCAGCUGGGAUCAUCUGUGCUGGUUGGGAUCAUAUUCACGGAGGACAGGUUUAUUGUAUUCCACUUGGUGGCAUGUGUAUUAGGCAGCCAGUGACUAUUGGAGGCUCUGGAAGCACGUAUAUCUAUGGUUAUGUUGAUGCUACAUACAAGGAAAAGAUGUCUGUUAAGGAGUGUCAGGAAUUUGUUGCUAAUGCUAUCACUCUGGCAAUUGGAAGGGACGGCUCCAGUGGCGGGUUUGUCAGGUUGGCCACAAUCACUAAAGAUGGAGUUGAGAGGAUGACUGUUCUGCCUAACCAGCUGCCAAAAUUUUCUGAAUUAUAA